AUGCAAGAGGAACUGACUGAACUAAGUACAAACGAAGAACUUAAGGUUCAGUUUAAAAACGGAUAUCAGCAAUUCUGGCUGCAAAACAACAUACCCGUUACUUAUCCGGUAAUCCUACUCCUUGUGUACGUGUAUGAGCAAAUGCGGGAUAAUAAAAUUAACAAUGAGAUACAAACGGACCUAAGGGGCCUUAGAGCAGAGGAUACGAUCGCGUCAGCAUCCUCGUCGGUGACUGGCGAGACGUCGGCCGUCGAGAUGGUCGGGUGCGAGACAUGGGCGGAGUCAGGCCUCCUAUUGGACGCCGCUCUAGCUCGUGAUUCGUCGAGGGGCGUAGUAAGCAGGGACCUAAUUACUGAUAAUGACGGUGCCGAUUACGCGAACAAAGCCGGGCGAUUUCGAGCGCUGCCGAGCGGGGUGCGGGCGGUAAUUAGCAAGGCGGGGGGAUUAGAUGUGGCGUGUUACGAGCCCGGUUUUAUGCUGGUUGCGGUUGCGGUUGUCGGCAAAUAUAGAUUUUCAUGUUUGGAUGAGGUGAGCGGGUGA